GAAUUGAGGUACUAAAUCUUUCAACAGCAGAGAGAGGAGAAAGAAAAUUAUUUCAACAUAUCGUCCAUAAGAUCCGAUCUCUCUCACGGCAUGGGGAUAAAGCCAUCCACUGGUCUGAAACCGGAGAAUUCCGAUCCCAAAUCUCAAAAGAACCAAGUCCAGCCAGAGAAAGUAGGAGAUUCGUCAAGUCAAGUUUGGCGAGAUCGAUUACAAGUGUUCAUGAAAGAAGGUCCAUGCAAGGAAACAUAUACGGUUUUUCAAGAUUGCGUGGAGGAAGCUUCUGAGAAGAAGAAAGAAAGUAUCGGUAAGUGUUUUCCGAUGCUGGAAAAGUGUAUGAAGGCUCAUUGUGAUUACUAUCAGCCGAUUCUCGCGGCGGAAAAUGCUGCUUUAGAACUGUUGAUGAAGGAAGAAGAGAGGUUGUUAGCAAUGCUGAAAGGAGGUGGUUGCAAAGAAUCGUUUAUGGCUUGGCUUGAUUGUAGUGAGGAAGCUGAGAAAAACAAGCAAGAUUUCAUCACUAAGUGUGCGGGAGUCUCUGCCAAGUUGGACAAAUGUUUGGAUGCUCACUCUGAAUAUUAUCAACCAUAUUUCGCAGUAGUUAAAACUGCUGAAGAACACAUGGAGAACGAGGUCCAAGCCUUUUUCUCGCGGAAGCAACCUUAGGGAUGAUUAAGAAGAGAAUUGAUUGUUGGCUUUGAUCAUUUUAUUAGUUUGAUCACAAGUUUCUUUGCUUUGAAUUGUCGUUCAGAGACCAGCAUUGUCUUUGCAUAAUUUUCUGGUUGCAUGUUUUUUAUUGCUAAUGUUUUCAAAAGAAAGAUAUGAUUGGUGU